GAAGUCUACAGCUCCGUCGAUAGAUUGACGAGGACCAAAAGUGCAUCCAAAACAUGAAGCUGAGAGAAUUCCUGCUUUGGACAGCUGUGUGCUGCCUCGUGUUGCUGCCCCUGUGUGUGGGGGGUAAGAGAGUUGUCUUCAUGCCCACGCCCUUCACCAGCAACACCAACGACCACACGAACGUAGCGCGGACCCUCGCCAGGCAAGGUCACGAGGUGUGGUUGACCAUGCCCGACUACAUCGUCAACAGGCGGGUGUUGGACACGACUAACUUGACUGUCAUCGAGUACCAGACAUUGAUAAACUUUGAGGAGAUUAUGACGGCCGCUUUCGCCGGCAACUAUUUUAAAGGAUUGCCUGAUGAUUGGAGUAUGUGUAUGUCUCAUUUCUUACAAUUUUGUGAUACUCUUCUUACGAACGCUUCUUUCUUCGAGCAGGUUAAGGAACUGCGUCCAGAUCUUUUCGUAUUCGACAAUUUACGAUUAACAAACAUGAUGACGAUAAUAUCUUAUAGACUUGGGGUGCCUUUUGCUUAUCUUGGAACAUUUUACGACCCGUACUACCAGAGAAUCCCUUUACAACCUUGUAACAUACCAUUGUUAUUUUUUAGCUUCAACCAUCAUAUGAGUUUUUUCCAGCGAGUUUUAACCACUGUAAUUCAUGUAUUUUCCUCUGUGGUGGACGAAUUUUCUCACAAGGACGCAGUCAGUCGCUAUGCACCAGAAAUGCCUUUCCUUACUAUAGACAUGCUUGUAGCAAGAGCUGAGAUCUGGUUGGUUGAGAUGGACCACAUCCUAGACUACCCGAGACCAUCGAUGCCCAAUGUCAAACUAAUUGGAGGAACAGCUACAGGUUCUGGUAAACCAUUGCCAACUCAGUUUAAAUCUUUUAUGGAUGAUGCAAAAGAAGGAGUUGUUAUCGUAUCGCUUGAUAAUUAUGUCCUCAGUUUACCAGAAGCAAUUACACAAAAAAUCAUCAGUGUGCUACAGGAUUUACCUUUUAAAUCCUUUUAUUAA